AACAAGGAACAGCAGGGACACCAAAUAAAGGAACUUCAAUGACUAACUCACCAACAACUGAUUCAUCUAGCUCAACAACAACAUCCUCAAACAUGCCAACACCAAAUUUUAUGUUUCCAACAAAUCUUCAAGAUACAUCGACGGCUAAUUUUCCAGAGUUAAUUAGACAACUUACGCAAGUUUAUAUGACAUCCCCAAACAUGCAGGCAUUAAAUUUUAUGUUUCCAGCAAAUCCUCAUAACGCUUCGACAGUUAAUUAUGCAGAAUUAAUUAGACAACUUACACAACUUUAUAUGAUAUCCCCAAACAUGCAAGCAUCAACUUCUGUAUUUACGGCAAAUGCUCAAAAUACUUCGACAGUUAAUCAUACGGAAUUUAUUAGACAACUUACACAACUUUAUAUGCCAUCUCCAAACAUGCCUGCAUCAAAUUUUAUGCUUCCAACGAAUCCUCAGAAUACUUUGAUGGCCAAUUGUCCUGAAUUAAUUAGACGACUUAUGCAACUUUAUAUGACAUCUCCACAACUUGUGGCAUCGUGCCAACAAAUGCCCCAUGUAUCUCAUCCAGCUGGAUCACCUAAUCCAUUCCUCACACCAUCACUUGGUGCAACACAGACAUUAGCUGAUAUACUUCUUUCGAAAAAUACGAUGAAAAACGAAGGUGAAGAGGAGAAAGAUAACAUCGAUGAGAGUAAAGACGAGGAGAAAGAGUAUAAAGAAAAAGGAAAGCACAAUUAUGACAUUGAUAAGAACGGCUAUAACAUUGAUGAGGAUAUAGUGCACAUUUAUAACAUUGAUGAGAGUGAAUAUGAUGAGGUUGAGAUAGAAUUACCUAAAAAGCGAAAGGAUAUCAAACAUACAAACUAUCCAGAAUUCAAACUUACGGAUAAAGAUAAAAAUGAUCCGAUGGGGUUUUAUGCAGAAUAUGAAAGUGGCAUCAUAACCAGCAAUAAAAAAGAUAUCCUUGCGGGUAAUAAACUUAAGGUUGCAAAUAUAUACCGUGAAUUUCUUCAAUUAGAUGCUCGAAUUCAUCCUCAAACAGAUCCUAACAUUUAUUUGAUUGCACCGUUUUAUGACCCUAAUUCUGGAGUUAAAAAAAUCAAGUAUUACGAAAGCAUUAAGAAUUAUCUAAAUGAACAAAACACUACCAAAAUAUUUGAUCCUUCGAAAAUUAAUGGUGCCAUUGAUUUUAAUUUGAAUCAAGAAGAGCAAACUGAAUCAAAUAAAAUGAAGUUCCUCAAGCCGAUACAUAUAGAUGACGAUAACCUAGCAAAUGAUAUCAAUCUACAAAUGACAAAUUUUAAUGAACUUAUGAGAACAUGUUAUCAUGCCAUAAAUUACAAUGUUCAUACUUUUUCUCAAUCUGAAAUUCUAAGAC